ACUGUCAGUCUUAGUUCAGGCACGUGGUCACUUACAAACGUCAAGAGAGGCUAGAAGAUUUCUCACAACUAGUGAUGGUAGACUGUAAUACAAACUACUAAGCCAACAUCCAAAAAUAUGACGCCUCCCUAAGAGGGCAUCUAUAGACUACAUUUCUUCCCGUCUCGUUUGACGUUGAAAAUCAGGUGUUUUCUGUCGCAUUGUUGGCAUUCUUUGUUGUAUGCGUCCGGUAGGUAUCCACCCCGCGGAACUUACACAACUCUUCCGAAAGUAGACAGCGCGACGACUUGUCAUUGAUUGUUCAGAAGAAGGGGGAUUUUGAACUUCAACGCAAUCAUGCUGCCAGUGGUCUACUCCUUGACCUACUUGACCUAACUAACUAUAUUUUAUAGAGGCGAGUUGCCCGUUUCAGGAACUUCAAAAGUUAGAAGAACUUUGAAAACGCAGCCUGUUGUUUGGACAUUCAAAGAGGAUAGUCGGCAUGCAGGUCGGUCGGUGUUCUUGCUUUCUUUAAGGUAUAUCGACCUAAGUCAUGAGGUUCAACGGAUACCUAGAAGUCCGGAUUGGUGAGGCAGUGGAUCUAAAACCAACAUCCUACUCAAAACGGCACUCGAUUAGACCAAGUUUGAAGUCCCAUUUGUUGGACCCUUACAUUGUGGCAAAAGUUGAUGAUGUCAGAAUUGGACAGACUCAAACGAAGUCCAAAACGAACAGUCCAACAUACAAUGAGAGCUUGUGCUCGCAAAUUCGUGAUGGGAAAGUUCUGGAGCUGGCCGUGUUUCACGAUAGUCCAAUUGGAUACGACGACUUUGUGGCCAACUACACUAUUCAGCUGGAGGAUAUGAUAGAAACAUCCAAUACGAAGACGUUUGAGGGAUGGAAGCUGACCCAGGUCUCCUAUGUCAUUUCCUGUUCCCUCUCCCUGCUUCAGGUGGCGCUGGAGCCAGAGGGACGUGUCUUUGUCACCAUCUCCCUCACUGGUUCCUUCACCGAUGAUGCAGCGAUUGUAAAUGGGCCAAAGAGUCAUAAGAGGCUGAUGAGGAAGAAAGCCCUGAAGAGGAAGGUACACCAAAUCAACGGCCAUAAGUUCAUGGCCACCUACCUAAGGCAGCCCACCUUUUGCUUCCACUGCAAGAAUUUCAUAUGGGGUGUAUUUGGCAAGCAAGGUUACCAGUGUCAAGUGUGCACCUGUGUGGUCCACAAGCGAUGUCACAGCCAUGUGGUGACCGAAUGCCCUCGCAUGAAGAAAACCGAUGAAGAACAGGGUCCCAGUCAAGGCUUCAGCAUCAAUCUCCCCCACAUUUUCAAGAAGCACAACUACAAGGUGCCCACCUACUGCAACCACUGCGGUUCUCUGCUCUAUGGUCUGGUCAAACAAGGCGUGCAAUGCCAGGGUUGCAAGAUGAAUGUCCAUAUUCGUUGUCAGGAGAACGUGGCGCCUAACUGUGGUGUGAACACUGCUGAGUUGGCCCGCACGCUGGCAGACCUAGGCCACAAGCCAGGACCCUCCACUCAGCGAAUGACCGCCAUUGUAAAGCCGAGAGCUGUGGGGGAGCCAGAACUCCCAGAGCCCACGUUGCAGAGGGUGGGGCUGGAGGACUUCACCUUCCUGCAGGUGCUGGGCAAAGGCAGCUUUGGCAAGGUGAUGCUGGCGUGCAUGAACAGCACGGAGAUGGUGUACGCUGUGAAGAUGCUGAAGAAGGACGUGAUCCUGCAGGACGAUGAUGUGGAGGCGACCAUGACUGAGAAGAGAGUGCUGGCUCUCACCAACCACCACCCCUACCUCACACAGCUCUACUACUGCUUUCAGACAUCGGACCGUCUUUUCUUUGUCAUGGAGUUUGUGAAUGGUGGUGACCUUAUGUUCCACAUCCAGAAGUCCCGGCGAUUUAACGAGGGUCGGGCGCGCUUCUACACCGCUGAGGUCACAUGUGCUCUCAUGUACCUGCACUCAAAAGGCGUCAUCUACAGGGACCUAAAGCUGGACAACGUCCUCCUGGACAAAGAUGGCCACUGCAAACUGGCUGACUUUGGCAUGUGCAAAGAGAAGGUGUUCAGGGGGGACACGACCUCCACGUUCUGUGGGACGCCAGACUACAUUGCCCCAGAGAUCAUAGAGGAGAAGCCGUACAGCCACUCUGUGGACUGGUGGGCCUUGGGCGUGCUACUGUUCGAGAUGCUGUCUGGGCACGCUCCGUUCGAGGCGGAGACGGAGGACGAGCUGUUCGAGUGCAUCCGCAGGGAGACCGUGGUCUACUCCUCCUGGCUGAGCAGCGAGGCCGAGGACAUCCUGAAAGGACUCCUGACCAAGGAUCCCCAGUGUAGGUUAGGCUGUGUGGAGAGAGAGGGAGGGGAGGACGCUAUCACAUCACACCCGUUCUUCGCCGGCCUCAACUGGAACAGCCUGAAGAAACGAGAGCUCGAGCCUCCCUUCAAACCCAGAAUAAAAUCGCUGGAGGACGUGAGUAACUUUGACCCAGACUUCACCCAAGAGGAGGCCACACUCACUCCCAUCGAGGAGGGUCUCUUUGCCUUUGGCAACCAGGAGUUUAAAGACUUCUCCUUUACAGCUCAUUCAAUCGAACUCCCCUGCUCUGAUCUCUGAGCCCAUUGCCUCAUAGUUAUUCCCACACAAAGCGGGUCUUCAAAAAAAACUAUGGGUUCUCCAGAAGCUGCCAGCUAUUCUUGGAACUGUUUGACCAUCAAAGCCAGAGAGGGACCAGAGCUUUAAGCAACAAGCACAUCAAAAAGACUGGGCUUUGGUCACUUUGUCUCCUUUGGUAAUAUUCCUGUUUGCUGUGAACGCUUGUGGCAGUACCAUGAAUUUAACUGUCCCGGAACAUCUGUAUGUGUAAUAAUGCAACAUGAAAUGAAUUGCCUAAUACAAAACAGUUGUGAUCAUGACAGUCCUAUUCUCAAGGGGCUUUAUAGUCACACACACACAGUCACACAUGGAAGGGAAAGAUUAACUGAAUAUGUGGAAAGGAAUCCUAAGAGUGUGUUGUGACAGUAAAGCCUUUUAAAUGAUUCAAAAGGCUAGGUGCUCAUGAUUGUGUCACGACAGAAGAAUACAUUUUUUAUGACUCGAACAAACAUGUACCUCUCUGUUUCCACAUAACGAGCACCAACGCCUGAGGCAUGACCUGAGCCCUGUGAAUGGCACCCAUGUAUGGAGAUUGUUUUCCUCGACCUUACCCUCCUCCUGUGAGCUUUGGUUCUGCUUUGAUAGAAUUACCUUUUUUUCGCUUUGCUAGCAAGCUUCUGCUUUCCACAAAUGCUCAAGAGGAGGAUAUUUUUCCACUCAGGUUUCCUAAAUUAGGUCAGACAUUUUGUUUCAGCACCAUCCCAGUGGACAAAUGAUUUGUGAAGAUCUUUAGUACCACUGUUGUUACUGAGAUGUAAUGCCAAGCCUGUGGCUUUGGUAAACAAAUCGCCUGUGGCCUUAUUGGGUCGAUUUGAUUGUGAGAUUAAAGGGACAGAAAUAGCACAGAUGUUUUAUUUUGUUUGUUGUUUUUCGCAGACUUGCAAGUCUGAAAUUCUGAGUAGCUGUAUUGCUAAGGGAUAUAUCCCUGGGGUUUGUAAUACAUUAUUUUAGCACAAACGAGACCUCAGUGAAAGACAGAGCGAGAAAGAGAGAGCGAGAAAGAGAGACCAUUUUAUACUUAACUGCCCUGUGCCCCCAAUAAAUGAACUUGUUACAUAA